AUGGGCAAGCUGUCUCUGUUUCUUAAGUCACCCUUUGAAGUUGAUGUAGCAGCAGAAUGGACAGAUGUUGCAGCUAAGUUAUUUAAUCUGUCAAAGCCAUCACUUCAAAUGGAAAUAAUAGAUCUGCAAGAAGAUGUGUCUUUGCAAAUAUAUAAAACUGUGUCAACUGAAGAAUUUUGGGUCAAACAUGUCCCAGUAAAAUAUGAAAAUUGCAAAAAACUUGCUAUCAAUUUGGCCACUAUGUUCGGUUCGACAUAUAGUAUCAUAACACAUUGGUUCGAAAAAGGAUCAGAAGUUACUUAUGUAGACAUAAGUUAUAAUAAUAAUGAACUAAUUAAGUCAGUUCACGAAAUGAAAUAUGUGUCUGUAAUAUCACGAACAACCAAGAAGAAAGUACUAUAUCAAAAUGAAGGCUACAUGAUAACAGCUAAAAAUUUAAGAGUUUUCAAAGAUGAAUUUAUGUUCCUAUUAAUGGAGGAAGGUUGGAAACCGGAUGUCUAUUUUCUGAUUGUUUUCAAAGAAAUUGAAUUAUCAGAAAUAAAUGAUGUACUUAAAAUUCUUCUACAUUAUCAUGUUUUUAAAGUAUUGGUAAUAAAUGGAGCAAGUAAUGCGGAUGUCUACACGUACAAUCCAUUUGAAAACUAUGGUUGUGGAAAAGUUUUCACUAGGACCAUAUCAUACGGGAAAUGUGCGAAAGCAAACAUAACAAAAUCAUUUUUUUUAAAACCUGUAACAGGGCUUAAAAAUUGCACAUUUGAAGUAGGUUUUUAUAAUUUGCCGCCAUACGUUAUUAAUCCUAAUAAAGAUCAGAGGAAAGAGAAACUUAUAGGAAUAGACCAAUAUGUUUUGCAAACUUUAAGUGAAUUGGAACAAUUCAAAGUUAUAUAUACGUACAAAUUUAAUCCGGGAGAAUUUUCUGGAAUAGGAGAUGACAUGAGAGCUUCUGGUCCUUUAAGUUUCAUUCAGAAAGGUGAUAUUGAGAUAAUGAUAGGAGGAUAUCAUUUGAUGCAUAAAAGAUCAGAAGCUUUUGGGUACUUAUAUGGACAUCAUUCUGAAAAUGAUGGACUCAUAAUCGUAGUCAAAAAAGCAGGUUUAGUAUCAAAUUUCAAAAAUACUUAUAUAGAGUUUAAUGCCGUAGUUUGGACAUUAUUAGGCGUAGCAUUCAUAUUAUUUUUUGUGGUUUUUGUUAAAAUAUUUGAUAUAAGAGACAAAUGUGGAACAAUUUUAGUUAUGUGGAACGUUUUUUUUCAACACGGUUUCAAACAUUGGGUAAUAAGCUAA